CUCAUGCCCCGCUCGGCGUACUAAUCUUACUGCGAAUAUAUUUGGAGGCCAUCUUCUAAACAUACACGCCAAAUUUGCAAUCUCUACCUACUCAUAGAUCGUUAUAUAAUAGCUAAUAUAGAUAAUAUGCCGAAACAACCUGAUUAUUACAAAGUUCUAGGCGUUUCUCCUAACGCAACCCAAAGAGAAAUUCGCAAUGCGUAUAAAAGAGAAUCCUUGAAAUCACAUCCUGAUCGUGUACCUGCCGACUCUUCUGAGCGGCCUGCCCGAACGCGCAAAUUCCAGGAAAUCAAUGAUGCCUAUUAUACCCUUUCAGAUGAGUCACGUCGGAGAGAGUACGAUGCAACAAGGCCGGUUGAAGAAGAAACCGAGGAUGAAGUGCCCCUAGGUGGUACCGGGGGAUUUUCAUGGUCUUCUUUUGGGUUUGGCACGAGCGACCGUGAACAACGCGCCUCUGAACAGUUUGGUUCUGUGUUUGAAGAGAUGCUACGCGAGGAGGGCCUCGCUAGUGAUGAUACUGACGCUGAUGGCCGUCGGCGGACCAGGCCUACAUCUCGCUUCUGGUCUAUUGUUGGUGGAAUAAGUGGUGGUGCGCUUGGGUUUAUUGUCGCCAAUGCUGCCGGUGCUUUCGCUGGUGCAGUUGCAGGAAAUCGGCUCGGCGCUGUUCGUGAUGCGAAGGGCAAAAGCGUCUACGAGGUCUUCCUAGAUCUUCCGCAGGGUGACCGUGCCAGGUUAUUAAGCGAAUUGGCAGCCAAAGUUUUUCAGUCCACCGUGGGACGAUAGCUGCAUAUUGGCCUAUUGUUUUGAUCUAUUUUUAUUUUAUUCAUUCAUUUUUCUUUUAACAGUGACUGAUGGGGAGGCUUUCCAGGUCGGAGGCUCUAACGCUUAAUCAAUGUAUAAUUCAGGGAUAGUUGUGUGUUUUGCAUGACAUUACUAGCCCCUAGAGUUGAUACUCAAGAAGGUAUUUGUCUUUUCGGUGUUCGACAUUGAAUGACCACAGACCCUAUGAUAUCAUAAUCCUUAUCUUCUCCGUGCUCAAGUUGUUAUCGAUAAGCAUGGGCCCAUGCCGACCUACAUGAUAUCUACAUACCAUGUACUUAGUCCGGAGUCGGA